ACCGCGCAUGUGCUCGUGGGUGCAUGGGGGCGAGGGGGAGGGAGGAAUGCCCCCAUUCUUGGGAGUAGUGUAGUGGUUUUACGAAAGAGGGACGGGGAUCGGCGAAGUGCGUGAGGGGGCGAAAUGGAGAGGAGGAAUCGGUCGGUCGUCAGUGCUGUAGCGCCUGGCCUCCCUAGGCCUCGCGUUCGACGCUCGGAUAUUGGUAAAUAUUCACCCGGUGAACAUUCCUAUCAGUUACAACACUAUCUUGGGAUAAACAUACCCUACCGAUAUUUGCGAGAUCGAGGGAUGAAAACAACAGAUCGAAACAGCAUGGAGCAUUAAAUGAAGAAUGGAAGCUAAGAGUUCGGAAAGACGAUAUAACACUAGAUUCCGAGGUGUGCCAAGGUCAAUAUUUACAUAUUCUCGCACUGGAAAGAAAUCUGCCAAAUCAAAUAAUGAAAAUAUCUUACGAACAGACAUCAGAGAUGAUUUUGUGUAUACAAAACUGGGGAAAAAACCAACUUAUGAAAGAGAUUCCACUAGUCCACCCAAAGCUAAAAUCAAAACAGAGUUACCUGUUGUUAUUAAACAAGAAAAAAAGUCGCCUAAAUUGGAAUCAAAAUCAAACCCUGUCCCUAAUGGCACUCACAGGCCUUCUCUCGAAGCUUCGGAAGACAAAUCACCUCAACCAGAGGCGAGUGAAUCUGUUGAAAUCAAGAAAGUUGAAUCAAUCAAAAUUGAUAAAGUACCACCUCUUAAAAUAAAUAAAGUUCCCUCCUUGAAGGUUGACAAAAUAGUUUUACCUUUUAAAGAAAAGAAAGACUCCCUUCAAAAAGUUGAAGAAGUGCCACAAAUUAGUAACAAUCAAGUUGUUAAUGUUCAAGCUAAUAAUCAAACAGUGCCAUCAAUGAAAAACGAUAAAGUGGUUCCACCUCCUAAAAAUGAAAAGGUUCCAUCUCCUAUCACAGAAGAAAUUUAUUCUUUCGAACCAGAAAAGACUGAAGAAACUUCACCUGAAUUAUCUCCAAAAUUGGAGAAAGAAAUUGAUGGUAUAUUUUUUGAAUCUAAGUCAUCUGAAGAAGGAAGUUUUGCAAACAAUAGCAAUGCAAAAUCUGUAUGGAUUACAUCCAAAGAGAAACUCAGUUGGAAUAACUGUACAGUUGCUAGUUAUAAUCCUAAAACAAAAAUGUUUCGUUGUGUUGUUUGCCAAGCUGUGGGCUUCAUGUCUCGAAUUGGUGAACAUUACUUAGGUACUCAUUGCAAUGCUAAAGUUUUUCACUGCCCUCAGUGUUCAUAUUGUAGCGCUUGGUGGCGAUGUGUUCGGAACCACAUGAGUAAAAAUCAUGGGGUGUCGAAUGCACCUGCUUCUAUGUGGAAGAACCAGCCUCUUCUGGAUGAGAUAAUGCAGAUCUUACAGAAUUUAAAGUACAGUGUGGAUUGUGAGGACAGAGUUGAGAAAAUAGCAGAAAAUUGUGGAAAACGCUACAUUUGCCCCAAGUGCCCCUAUGCAACAGAUCGAAGAGAUCUGUAUAAUAGACAUGAAAACAUCCAUCGAGAAGAAAAGCCAUUUCAAUGUUACAUUUGUUAUAAAUUGUUUAAUCGUGCUGAUCAUGUGAAGAAACACUUUUGCCGUAUACACAAGGAGUUCAAUUAUGAUAUUAAUUUAAUACGUCGCUUACCUUCUAAAAGAAGUCGGAUUCCUGUUAGUUCUUCUCUCAAUGGUGGCAGUAUGGCUGCAUUACAAGAAAUGAAUGAAAAGGUGCCUAAACCAUUCAGUGUACCAGUAACUCAAUCUCAUUUGUUAAAUUGUUUGACUGGUUCUCCAACAAUGGUUCGAGUAAGCAGAGAGAUUGAUAAUGUACCAGAGCUUUCUGAAAAGGAGUCUUUAUUUCCCGAAAGCAAGAAUGAUAAUACAUUUAAUAAAUCGCACAGCAAUCUAUUGACUUUUUUAACUCAAAAUGCUUUUUCCCCAAAACCUCUUCCUAAACAUAAUCUAACUAGAAAUAAUGAUCCACCUGUUAAGGACAUAUUACAAGAAGCUCUCUUAAAACCUACAACUUUUAAUUCAUUUCAACCUGCAACCACACCAAAGAAAUUCACUUGUCCUUACUGUCCUUGGACAGGUCCUAAUGCAUGGGCUUUGCGUAUCCAUACUUCAAUGCAUUAUAAAACAUUUUGUGUACUCUGUAAUUUCAAAUCGAGUGAAAUGUCUGAUUUGGAGAACCAUAUGUGGGAAUGCCACAAAAAAAGAUCUUGUAACAAGUGCAAUUUUUUGGCUGAUAACCUGUUAGCAUUAGAUGCUCACAUGAAAGAGGCUCAUGGUCAAAAGCCUCAGUUUUCAUGCCGUCAUUGCUCACAGUCAUUUGAAGUGCGGUCAGACAUGGAGGCUCAUUGCAUUUUUAUACACAAUCAAAUAUUACAAGAGUGUAAAGAAAAUGGCUGUGAUUUUUGCACUACUGAUCCUGAAAUCCUUGAUGUUCAUAAGAAAGAAAUCCAUAGCUCAUCUUCUACUUCUCAAGAUCCGAGUGCCUCUAGAACCCUGUGCCUCUAUUGUGGAUGCGAUUUCGCUGAUCCUAAAUCUCUGUCCUUACAUGAAGAAAUCUUUCACGAGAAUCCUCUCCAGAAGGCUGGGCGCCGUCCUCUCAAUCCUUAUGGCUGCUCUGUGUGUGGCUACUCCACACCCAAGCAGCCAAUGAUGAUUGAGCACAUGCGGAUCCAUUCUGGGCAGACUUUGCGCUGUCAGGCCGGAGAAGGUUGUCAGUUCAACACCCCGUAUGAUACGGUUCUCAGGGAGCACGUGCUGCAAAGCCACAGUAAUGAUGACGGUAUAGUCAGGUGUCCUCACUGUGGCUUUUCCUGCAGCACACGACUUUCAUUCGUUACUCAUUACCAGGAACUUCACCACCCAUUCGUUUGUCAGCUGUGCGAAGAUGUUGAGCACAAACAUUUUGUUUCACCAUUCACUUCAUACCUAGAUUCUUCCAUCAAGGCUAUGUUUCCUUUUGCUAAGAAGGUGACCCCGGCAACCAAUGACACUUUGGAGAAACCUAGUGACGAGGGUGGUCGUCGUUCGCGCAAGCAGACACAGCCACGAAAGGUUGUCGUUCAGGGUACCACAGUGCCUGAGGUGUCUGCUGGGUCACCAAAAAGAAAGUGGUCUAGUUCCAGAAAAAAAGAAAGAGAGAAAUUUAUAUCUUUAUAUGUUAAAAAAGUUAGAAAAGUAGCUCAAGCAUCUCUUUUAAAAUGUAGGCUCUGUGUCAAAUGUCCAAUCUAUUUUAGGCAUAAACGGAACUAUAUACUUCAUAAGCAAUGGCAUUGUUUGAAAAAAUAUAGGUGUAACAAGUGCAUUCAAACAUUUUGCCAUCGCUACCAGGUGCUUUUACAUCAGAAAGAACACAAAGAGACCAAAUCCUCUUAGCAGAAAAACAAACAAACAAAGACUACUUAUCCUUUUUUUCCCCUUGUGUACAAUAUAUUGUUAUAAUAUCUGUACAUUUCUUAAGGGAUUGAUAUCGGUAUGGGAUAUAUUUUUCUUUUCUGCUAGCUCUAAGAAAAAAUAUAAAAUUGUUUUAAGUGUAAACAACUAUGUUGCUUAGGCAAUAAUUUGUUACUUUUUUCACAAGAAAGUGGGAUUUUGAGGGUAUUUAUGGUGUUAGUCAUUGGCCGGUGGAUGUUAUAUUACAUAGAGAAAAUUUAUGAGUGCGCACUGUUAAGUUUUGGUGAAAAGAUGCGUGCAAGUUUAGAUACCAGUGUUAGGCAUGUGAUAAUUUCCAAGGUCCUGCUCUUGCAAUUGUGAUAAUUUUUUGGCCUGGAAUUAUUAUUAUUAUUAUAUUAUAUAAAGUAUAUAUAUGUAUGCAUGAUUUCUUAAUGAAAAUGUAAAAUUGUAGCAAAUAACUGAAAUCAAAGCAAAUGAAAAAAAAAAAAAAGGAUUAUAAAUUGUAUUUACACUUUGUGCACACACUGCCAGCAGAACACAGUUCUGAUUGUUGUUGUGAUUUUGAAAAAUUGCUGAAAGCGUAAAUUGUAAAACCGGUGAACUUUAAGGCAUAAAGUUUUUGAAAAUUGUUGAAAUGUUUACUUUUAAAAUAAUUGUUGAAAGUUGAUAUUUCAUUGCAUAAGGAAAGAAGUUUUUACAUGUUUUUGCUGUAACUAAGAAGGAUGAAACUUGGGAUUUUUCUUUUGUGUGUGAUUCUCAUGGGGAUAAUUUUUUUUCUCUGUUUUUUUUUUUUAUUAUUAUUAUUAAUUGGAGACACGGAAGUUACUGUUCUCCAGCAAAUGCAUCAGUUCCUCAAGCACUGCUCAUGUUUUGUGUUUAGAAAGAAGUAGAAUUUUGAGAGAAAAUAAUCAUAUCAGAUUUUUAUGUAUGCCAUAUUUUGUGCUUGCAUUCUACUAUAUAUUGAGAAACUGAACAUCACAUUAUAAGAACACGUGGUUUCUGGGUCCAAACAUCCAUGCAAUUAACUGUAAUGUUUCUGUAGAUUUUUAUUCCAUUGUAGAUAAUGUCAAGUAUUUUAAGAUUAUCCCAUAAUGACCAUCAGCUUAGGUGAUAGCAUUGCUGUACAACAACAUCUGAGGAUUCAGUUUCAAAAGCUUAUUUUUUCUGUUGAUAUUUAUUUGUUUGAAAAAUUGGCAUUUGAGAUUGUUUGAUGCUUAAGAGGAACUACGUAAACGUUUAUUUUGUAUUAAAAAGAAAUGUUUAUGUCAUGUGAUUUUAUAAGCAGUAUACUGAUGAUCUAAUUAUAAUACUCUGAAUUUAUUAAAUUAUUAUUAAGUAAUCACUAUUAUUUAAUAUACUAUUACUAAAUAGACCUUUAGGGUUUAUUCCCAAUGUGUAAAUGACAAAAAAGGACAUUUUUUCUUUGCAUAAUAGGUAUUACUAAUUUAUUACUAUAUUGCAUAAUUUUUUUAAAAAACUGUAAGUGCCUUUUUUUCCAUUUUAAUAACUUUAUUGGUAACUUUAAUUAUUUCUAACUUGUGUGAAAUCAGUUCUUUGUUUGAAAAAACUUUUUUUUGUUGCAUUAUUGAAAUUAUAUAGGUAUAAGAAUAAUUGGAGAUGACCUGGUAUUUGAUUAGUAUUAAUACAUAUAAUUAUUUUUUUGAUGAAAUUUUAAAUUAUUUGAAACUUUUAAAUAGUAAUUUUUUUUAAACUUUAAAUUUCAAUUCUUUCACAUAAAGAUAGUUUCAGAUAAUAGGUAGCAACUAUCUCUGUCAGGGUCUAAAGGAUUAAUAUAAAAUAUUAUUUACUGAUAAUUUUUAUAUGAAAAAGGUUAUGCUUUAAUUAUUAUUCUUUCCAAAAUCAUAAUUAUUAUAAUAUAUAUACAAGUAUGCUAUCACCUAAGUAAUGUUCCUUCUAUUUAUUCACAGUGAAAGUUAUCAUGUUUCUAAGAAAUUAAAAAUAUUUUACUCAUAUAUUGAGUGUUAUAUCUUUGUAACUUGUUAUGUGCAGUUAUCUAAAUGUUUUGUUAUCAAAAGGUUGACCUUUUUUAUGAAUUUAAUGAUAAUUUGUUUAAAAUGUUUCUCACACUAAAUGCCAUUUGUGGCAUAUUUAUGUUUCAAUUAUUUUGAAAAUUUUAACUAUUCAGAUGCAUUUUGUGCUUGGAUGGAUGUGUUUUUUAUAAAGUUAUGCACAGAAGAUUAUGUAUUUAAUAUAUUGAAUAAUUUGAUGUUUAAAUUCCUUUCACUAUUUAACUUAAAUGGUUAAAAAACAUAUCGCAAUUGGCAUUAAAAAAAGUUCAAAUCAAAAUGUGCUGUUUUAUAAUUUUUAUUGAAUUAAAAGCCAGAAUGAAAGAACAGUAUGUGAUUUUGCAGCAAACAUAUUAUAAAGUGAACUGGAGAAUCUAAGAUAAGUGAUCUAAAUUAAAUGAUUUUGACUAUUAAAAAAAAGUCUUGAUAUUUAUUUACCUAUCUUAUAAACACAAGUCAGAAAGACAACUGACAAGUCAAGUCAGAUGUAAACUAUAAUCUUCUGUAACAAUGUUGUUUUUCAAUUCUAUAUUAUUAUUGUUUUAACAUAUAAUAAACAACCUCAUUAAAAGUAUCAAUAUAACAAUUAUUUAUGUUUCAAGUUAAUUUAGGAUCACAGAUGUGGUCACUCGAAAUGUUUAUGUAAUUUUUUUGUUAAUAAGCUUAAUUAAUUCAGUGUCAUUAAAAAUUUAUUCAAUAAUUUUAAGCCGUAGAAAUGCCAGAAGUUUAAAGUUUUCUUAUUGAAAUUAGAUGGCAAUUAUAGUUCAUGCAUAUCAUUCAUUGAUUAAAUUCAUAUAAGAAGCAUUAUUAGUCUGCAGUUGUAGCUUUUUGAAGAAAAUACUAAUAUUUCAUUAUAAAAAUAUAGGGACCAAUGAGGAUGAAUUCAUUAUAUUGGAAGACUUGUGCUAUUUUUCAGUUGUAAGUUAUGCAAAUAAAAUUUCAUUGAAUUAAAGGGUCUACAUGUCUUGGAGCUAGUUUAAUAUUCAGAAAAAUUAACUGGUACUAGAAUUAUAUAUUUUAUUUUCAGAAUAAAUGCAAGACAAAUUAUGCUCUUUAAUACUUUGAGUUUUGUGUGUAUGGUCAUAGGCUAAUUACCUGUAUGGCUGAAAAUAUUGCCUCUAAAAACAAAACAGAAACUAUCAGUCUUCCCUUGAUCAUUAAUGUAUGUGUUUGUUUUUGAUUUCUUGAGCGCAAUUUUGGUGAAAAUUGUUUUUCCAAAAACAUUUUGAAAUUUUGUAAAAUAUUUUCUUUAAAUAAUCCUUUUGAACUCAAGUUAUAUUUCUAUUACUUUCCCUAUAUUUAAUAUUGUUACAAAUGAAAAUUGUUGACAUUCACAAUUAAGGAAAUGUAUAAGGAAAGGAUAUAAAAAAAUUAAGGAAAGGAUAUAAAAAAAAAUUUAAUGUUGAAAAUCAUGAAACAUUAUAAAUAUUAAAAUUAUGUACUGUAAAAAAACUGUUCUUUCAUUCAAUCUCUCUGUGUAAUUAGUUAUUGCUAUGUUUUACAAAAUUUUAUAUUGUAUUUAAGAAUUCUAUCAUCUGUUAUUUAUUAAAACAGUUUCUUUCUGUUUUAUUAUAGUAAAUUUGGCAAUCUUGUAUAAUGAAUGAUUACUCUGUAGUUGUUUGAGAAAAAAUAUUGUAUUUGCUUUUAUGUGAAUCAAAAAUGUAU